AUGCGGCUUGACGUUAAGAUGAAUAAUGGUGGAAUUGGAGAGAUUGCUGACGAGAAUGGCAUUCAACAGAGGCAACUCUUUGCCCGCUCGGAGCGGGUAAAGGGUAUUGAUUUCCACCCUACGGAGCCAUGGAUCUUGACGACCUUGUACAGUGGUCACGUCUACAUUUGGUCGUACGAGUCGCAGUCCAUCAUCAAGACGUUCGAACUCACCGAUGUCCCCGUUCGUGCCGGUCGAUUCAUCGCGCGGAAGAACUGGAUUGUUUGCGGUUCAGAUGACUUCCAGCUCCGAGUCUACAACUACAAUACCUCCGAAAAGAUCACCUCCUUUGAAGCACACCCCGACUACAUUCGGUCGAUCUGCGUUCACCCGACCCAACCGUUCGUCCUCACCGCAAGCGAUGACAUGACAAUUAAGCUGUGGGAUUGGGAGAAAGGCUGGAAAUGUGUUCAGGUCUUCGAGGGCCACAGCCACUACGUUAUGGGCAUGUCCAUCAACCCCAAGGAUACCAACACUUUUGCUUCGGCGUGUUUGGACCGGACGGUCAAGAUCUGGAACCUUGGCUCUCCCCACGCCAACUUCACCCUGGAAGCUCACGAGACCAAGGGUGUCAACCACGUCGAUUAUUACCCGCACGCGGAUAAGCCGUACCUCCUCACGACCUCGGACGACAAGACGGUCAAGAUCUGGGAUUACACCACCAAGGCGCUCAUUGCCACUCUCGAGGGCCACACCAGCAACGUCUCUUUUGCCGUGUACCAUCCCGAGCUUCCUAUUGUGAUUUCGGGUUCUGAAGAUGGAACAAUCAAGAUCUGGCACGCCAACACCUACCGGCUGGAGCAGUCACUAAGCUAUGGCCUGGAGCGGGCAUGGUGUAUUUCUUACCAGCGGGGUCGGCAGGGAAUCGCAAUGGGUUUCGAUGAUGGUGCUGUAGUUGUGAAGAUGGGCCGGGAAGAGCCUGCCGUUUCGAUGGAUGGAUCCGGCAAGCUCAUCUGGGCCAGACACAGUGAAGUUGUUUCGUCGGUCAUCAAGGGCGGCGACGCCAGCAUCAAGGAUGGCGAGCCCCUUUCGCUGCCGACUAAGGACUUGGGCACCUGCGAGGUCUAUCCGCAAACUCUUUCCCACUCGCCCAAUGGACGCUUCGUCUCCGUCUGCGGUGAUGGUGAAUAUAUCAUCUAUACCGCUUUGGCUUGGAGAAACAAGGCUUUCGGUCAGGCUCUGGAUUUCGCUUGGGGCUCCAAGGAUAACAGCAACGAUUACGCUAUCCGCGAGUCCGCCACAAGUGUCAAGAUCUUUAAGAACUUCAAGGAGCAAAGCGGCGGCCUUGAUGUUGGAUUCCAAGCAGAGGGCUUGACUGAUGGUGUUCUCCUUGGUGUCAAGGGUCAGGGUGGUAUUGGUCUGUUCGACUGGGAGAGCGGCUCGCUGGUCCGGAGAAUUGAGGUUGAUCCUAAGAACGUUUACUGGUCUGAGUCCGGAGAGUUGGUCACACUUGCUUGUGAGGAUGACUUCUACGUCCUCCGCUACUCUCGCGAGAACUACAUAAACGGCCUAAACAACGGCGAGGCCGACGAGGAUGGUGUCGAGGCAGCCAUCGAGCAUGUUGCUACCAUUAACGAGUCUGUCCGGACUGGUGAGUGGGUUGGCGACUGCUUCAUCUACACCAGCUCCACCAACCGCCUGAACUAUCUUGUCGGUGACCAAACCUACACCAUCUCUCACUUCGACCAGCCCAUGUACUUGCUUGGAUACCUUCCUAGGGAUGGCCGAAUUUAUCUGGCCGACAAGGACGUCAACACGGUUUCCUUCGGCCUGUCCCUUAGCAUGGUCGAGUACCAGACAGUCGUGCUGCGUGGGGACAUGGAUAUGGCCGCCGAGCUGCUUCGUGAUGUUCCCCAAGAUCAGAUGAACAAGGUUGCACGAUUCCUCGAGGGCCAAGGUUACAAAGAAAUGGCGCUUGAGGUCGCCACGGAUCCAGAGCACCGUUUUGAUCUGGCUCUAUCGCUAAAUGAUCUCGAGACCGCCCAUCAGAUUGCCCGCGAGGCCAACCUGGAGCACCGCUGGAAGCAGGUCGGCGACGCCGCCCUGGCCGGAUGGAACCUCUCCCUGGCCGAGGAGUGCUUCACCAACGCCAAGGACGUUGGCUCCCUGCUCCUGCUGCACACCGCCAGCAACAACCGGGCAGGCCUCCAGGCCCUUGUCACCCAGGCCUCCGAGUCUGGCCUGCACAACGUUGCCUUCUCCACUCUCUGGUCUCUGGGCGAUAUCGACGGCUGUAUCGACCUUCUCGUCGCAGCCAACCGUCUCGGUGAGGCCGUCCUUUUCGCCCAGACCUACAAGCCCACUCGUGCUCCCGAGCUGGUCGUCCAGUGGAAGAGCGCUCUUGAGCAAGCUGGCAAGACCAAGGUCUCCCGCCUGAUCGGUGUCCCUCCCGGCGCCCCCGACAUUGUCUCGACCGAUGACGACCUCUUCCCGGAGUGGGAUGAGUACAUCCGCAUGGAGAAAGAGGGCGUCGUCCCUGAGCCCCCGUCAUCCGAGUCUCUGAUCGACAUUGACGGCGACAAGGAGCCUGCGAGCGCGACCAACGGCGGCCCCGAGAUCGAGGCUGAGGCCGAAGAAGAGAACGAUCCCGAGGCCGAAGUCGAGGCUGCCGCUGCCGCCGAGACGGAGUAA